CCCCCAAAACAAAACAAAACAAAAACCAUACACUAACUAAACAGAAUCGAAAUCUCUCGCCAAAAAUAUCUGUUGUCUGCUGGUGGCGGAAAUCGGCAGUCAGGAAGGAAUAUCUAUUGCUGAAUUAUUUCGAAAAUUCCCAUUCUGAAUUUGUGCCAUUAACUGGGCUCCGCAACAAAGAGUGGGUCUUCACAGAGAGCAGGAACCUAGAGUUCCGUUGUGGCAACAAAAAUCGCACGAGGCGCUACGAUCCCGAACUGGAGAAGGGGCUGUUCAAGCAAAAACGCAUCACCAAACUUCCGCUGGUGGGCGGUGCUCUAGUCCACAACGCACUGCGGAGUCGGGAGGAGGGAACCGCAAUAGAACAGGAGCCACAGCCAGUCGAUAGCAACAACAACGAUCCACAGGGUCCACCCGUGGGCGACAAAAACAACAAAAACAACAACGACGCAAGGGAGGAGGAUAAAAUGGUACUGCCGUUCGGUCUUGGCCCCGACGGGCAUCACGUGGACGCCAUACACAGUGCCCCGGCGCCCAGUGCCCCACCAGCGCACUCGAUGCCACCGCCAUAUGCACGGGGCCAAACGAACAUCUACACAGGAGUGCCCGUCAUUGUGAAUCCGUACAUCGACUUCAUUGUGGUGAACGGCGACGAUCGGUAUAUGAUCCGCUGCGAGCGCAAGUCCGUGGUGGAGCGCAGCGUGGAGCUGGCGAAGCUGAUACACGCCGGUCCCAACAGUGGCCGCAAGAGCGACAACCACUUCCAGAUCCUCAAUGUGGACAAGAACGAUUUUGAGCUGAUCGUGCGAUACAUGGAGAAGCACUUUAUACCCUAUCGUGAUCACAAACACUUGCUGAAGAUCCUGGAACUAUCCGAUCGCUUUAACGUGCCUGAUUUGAUCAUUUACUGCAUUCGGGAGCUUGAUCUCAGAAUUUCCAGUGCCACCGCAUUGGACAUAUUCAAGGCGCUGUGGUUCUAUCAGGGCAUAGCGCUGACAAACCAGCACCAGACAGUGAUCACCACCCAACAGAGUGGGCAACAGUUGGCCCGCAAGCAGGCCUCCAAGGCGAAGGCCGCUGCCAAGCAGCUGGCGGCAGCCAAGGCUGCACAGGUGGGCGAGAACCCACCCGAGGGGGGCGAUGGGGCGCAGCUCAAUCUCAUACCCAAUCCGAAUCCCUUCACCACCGAGGACUAUGGCGUGGCCCUGCUCCACAACACACUCCAGCUGAUCGACAUGCACGCGGAGCUGAUGCUCUCGAUGCCCGAGAUCUGUGACCUGCGCUUCGAAGAGCUGGAGACUCUGGUCAAGCGGGACACACUGCAACUCCGCUCGGAGCUCACCCUGUUCGAGUGCCUGGCCUCGUGGAGUCUGGCGGAGUGCGCCCGCAAGAAUAUCUUUGGCACUGCCGAAAACCGACGCACCGUGCUGGGACCCCUGUGCCUGACCCCCCGCUAUCUGCGUAUGAGUGUCGCCGAGUUCCGUCGUUGCUGUGACCGCAUCGAGCUUCUCCCACCAGUGGAAAUAUCUCUCAUCAGUGAUGCCUUAGAGGGCAAAAAGCUAAAGAACCUCACCGACCAGCAGGCGGAGCUGAUGGAGAAGUUCCGUCAGCCACGUGCCGAAUACGCCCGCAUGCCAGUCCAUCUCAGCGAUCGCAGCAGUCCCAAGAACUACCCGAAGAAGAUGCGGCGGGCGAACGAGGGCCGCUCCACGGAGGAGGGUUGCUGGGAGAAGCUCGGCAUGAAUUGUCUCCGUGUCUUUGUCUGCAUAUUCGACUGAUCCGAGCAGUCGGACGAGGAGGAGGAUGAUGAUGAGGAUGAAGAUGAUGGGGAGGAAGAGGAGGACGAUGAUGGUGAUGAGGACGAUCCCACAUAGACUUGUUGCAUUAACGAAUAUUAGCGCUUAUGAACUACAUAUAUAUACACAUACUAUAUAGAUAGUUAAUGAUUACGUUAGUCUUACAAACAGAACAGAGGACAAGAGAAGUGCUGGCCAAAAGUGAUGGCUGGCAGUGAUUUUAUAGCAGCCGUUUCUAACAAUACUAUAUAGAGUUAUUUAUUGAUAUGCAUACACAGUGCAUGUACUUAUGUGUGUGUAGAGGGGUCGAUCGAUUGGGUUUUUGUAUUUACUCGCUAGUCAAAUGGUAACAGAUGAAACAAAGGUACUCUCUACUCGUAACAUGGGGAAUACCACAAACUUUUAUACAACUUUAUGCAACGUUUUGUAGCUGGACUCAAAGUACGAGUACAAACCAAACCAAACCAAAAAAAAAAAAAUAUAAAUAAAUAAAUCUAGGACAUGCGGAUGGGAUGCUAAAUCACAGUUCUAUGCAGCCGAUAUAUGUACGUCAUGAAAAUACAUCAAGAUACAAGUUAAUCAAGCAAACACGCAAACACGCAAACAAUGCAAAAGCAAACGCAAAACAAAAGUAAAAUAAAAACAAAAACAUAAACAAAUUAUAGUGCAAAUUGUAUUUCGGCCCGGCCAUAGCAAAACAAAAUUAUUAAUUGUUUAAUAUACUUUUAACUGUUGUGCAAAAUGUAAAA